AUGAUUGCCGUUGCCAUUACCGCUUUUUCCCAUGAAAGUAGCAUAUCUUUUGCCCAAGAGAUUGAAGGUGGCGUGGACUUUCAAGGCCAAUCGUGUGGACCGCGUCGUUUCGUGUACUUCCCCGACUUUCAAGUGAAUCCGGACUUUGGUGUCUGUGUGGAUGUUUGCCCACGUACUGCUGGACAAGUCAUUACGAUUCACUUACCGUUAGAAGCUGGAAUGGGAGUCGGAAUCAAGUCAGGUGCACUGUCUCCAGUUCACUUUACGUCAUACGCUUCACAUCCACGAGCAUAUGUGUGUGCGCCAGCAGGAGUGAAUCUGCAGCAAGUGACGAUUUUGCAGUUGCAGGACACUAUUGGACGCUUUGUAGGGGCUCUUGCAAGUUGCUGGCAGGUGCUGAUUAUCGCCUCGGGAAUCGCUCUGUCAACGGCGGGGUUGUAUCUUGUGAUGUUGCGAUUCUGCGGCUGCGUCAGCGUCUUGCUCUCGACGGUGGCGAUUGAAUCAACAUUGGCAUUCAGCAGCUAUCGGCUGCUACGUGCGGCAGCCGACCCAUUGUUGUACGAAGACGACCCGGUCAUGUUGAGCUCGCUUCAGAUCAGUUCGGUCGUCAUGUGUUGCGCAGCAGUUCUCUUUCUAUUGUUUGCAGUGGUGAACAUGCCUCGCCUUCUACUUGCUGGCGCGUUUAUCACGCAUGCAUCACGCGCGCUGUCCCAGCUAAAGCGGCUACUUGUGCUGCCGUUCAUCACCUAUGUGCUGUUGCUGCUAUUGUUUGGAUGGGGAAUCCUCGUGACAGUCUGCAUUUUCGGAGCUGGGGAAAUGUCGACCCGUAUCGCAACCAUCGCCGCUGCCUCUCCAGCCUACAUCAGUGUCGCAACCGAGUCGUUUCAAGCGAGCACGAAGCUUCGAUGGCUUUUCAUCUACCAUCUUUUCGGCAUGUACUGGUCGGUGAACUUUGUCCUAUCGACAAGUGAGAUGAUCACUGCGACAGCAAUUUCGCUGUGGUAUUUCUCUCCUGAGAAUCGGAUGACAGGACUGAAGGACUUUCAAAUGGCAGACCCAGUGUCGUACUCAGUGCACAUGACUAUCAAGUACCAUCUCGGAACGUUAGCAUUAAGCUCGUGUUCUGUCGCGCCUGUGGAGCACAUCCGCUCGUUUCUCUUGUACCUCAAACACAAGAAUGAAUUUGAGGCCAACACUUUCACGAAAGUCAUGGCCAGGUGCUGUUGUUGCUGCAUUUGGUGUUUUAAGUACUGCCUCAGGUAUAUCUGCAAAGAAGCUGUCUACGUCACUGCAAUCCAAGGUACCAGUUUUCGCACAUCUGGGAAGCUAGCUUGCACGCUGAUCUCCUCCAAUUUGCUCCGUGUUGGAGCGCUUAGUCAGAUCGGUUACGCGUCGGUGCUUCUGGGCAAAUUAAUUGUUUGUACCAUCACAAGCCUCAUCUCGUGGUUUCUUCUGGACAAUGCUUCUUCUCCCAUACUGCCACUGGUCGUCGUCGUGCUGUUCUCUUAUGGUGCAGCUCAUACAUUCAUGACGAUCUACGAGACAUCCAUCAAUAUGCUGCUUAUGUGCUUCAUACUCGACGAGAACUUGCAUGGCGGUCGGAGCAACUCGGUGCACGCUCCAGCACCUUUGAUCCAAUCGGUGAAUGACCAUUUGCGACCGAAAUGGCAAACGGUCAUGUAG